AGAAGGGGGACUUUGGCCAGACAUGAGCUCAGGUCAUUGAUGAAGUGGUUUCCCAAAACACUGAUAAGAGUAUAUAGACAUUUAUUACCAGGAGAAACACUCACCAUUACCAGAAGAAAUACUCACCAUUACUAGGAGAAAUACUCACCAUUACUAGGAGAAAUACUCACCUUUACCAGAAUAAAUACUCACCAUUACCAGAAUAAAUACUCACCAUAACCAGAAGAAAUACUCACCAUAGCGGACUACUGCAGUUGUCAAUAUGCCUGGAAAACCUACUUUUCUCCUUCUUCUUCUCAUCAUAUCCUGCCUCUCAAAUGUGCAGGGGGCAAACUUUAAGAAGCCCAUGUGCUACAACUACCAGUUGCCUGGCUGUCCCUUCAACUUUGAGCCUGUGUGUGGAUCCAAUGGAGUUACUUACGCCAAUGAGUGCGUGUUGUGUGACACCAUAAGAGAAACAAGGAGGAAGAUACUAAUUGUCAAAUGUGGACCUUGCUGAAGAAGUCGGAAUUUGCAAAUUCAACAGUAUAAAACAUUGCUGAAACACAAAUUCAACAGUUAAAACACUGCUGAAACACAAAUUGUGAUGAAAAAGAGCUGAUCAUGCAGAAUAAAUAUUUUUUGUUAAACGCUAA